ACAAGUGAUUACUCAAAAAUGCCAAAUGAAUGGCCUAAGGAUCUUCUAAUCAGAUUGUUGUAAAAAAAAUGGCAAAAACUUACGAUUACUUAUUUAAAUUACUCUUAAUUGGUGAUUCUGGAGUGGGAAAAACAUCUAUAUUAUUUAGAUUUUCAGAAGAUGCUUUCAAUAUAUCGUUUAUAUCCACAAUUGGUAUUGACUUUAAAAUUCGGACAAUAGACCUCGAUGGAAAAAAAGUUAAAUUACAAAUAUGGGACACAGCAGGUCAAGAAAGGUUCCGUACAAUAACAACAGCAUACUACCGAGGGUCUAUGGGUAUCAUGCUAGUGUAUGAUGUUACAAAUGAGAAAAGUUUCGAAAAUAUAAAGAAUUGGAUAAGAAAUAUUGAAGAGAAUGCUAGUGCUGAUGUGGAGAAGAUGAUACUAGGGAACAAGUGUGACUUAGAUGCUAAAAGACAGGUUUCAAAAGAGCGAGGUGAACAAUUAGCUGUAGAGUACCAGAUUAAAUUUGUAGAAACAUCAGCUAAAGACUCUUUAAAUGUUGAGUAUGCAUUUUACACACUAGCAAGAGAUAUAAAAGCUAAAAUGGAGAAGAAACAGGAGGCGAGUAACCCGCCGGCACGGAGUGGUGCCCAUCAGAUCAAGCCUAACGACCCGAUGCGCAAGCCCACGUCCUGGCUGUCACGCUGCAGCCUGCUCUGACGGCGCCCCGCUGCCGCCCCGUGCCGGCCCUGGCCGUACACCCCGCCCCGCGAUACCGCACUCGCUAUUCUCUAAAGUGGACAGUUACAUACCCACCUCGACUAUAUUUUUCGAUCUAUAUUUUAUAACUGGUGCGUAAAUUCCGCGCGGGGAGCAGACUUGCUUUUUGUAUUUUUAUAUCCGCGACUUUACCUAAUAAUUUCGUCUUUUAGUUAAAGAUAAACAGUAUUCGUCAUAAAUUACUUGUACAUUGUUUCAUUUUAAAAUGACAAUUAUUUUGUAGAAUAAAAAUAUUCCUCGGUGUUCCAGUUUUUUUAAGUAAUGGUUUCAAAGGAUAUUAUUUCUAUAGAUUAUUUAGCUGUACUUUUUCAGUUCUAUUUUAAUUAAGAUUAUUGAUUUAUAUAUUUUAAUGUAAUAUAUUCUAUUUAAUUUGAAUAAACAAUGCUUUUAUACAUA